AUGACAUCUCGUGACGGUUACAAUUGGACCCCAAGCGAAGGUCUCCAGACUGGCGUUCCUACUAUUGGUAAGAUCUUGCCCGAGUCAAAUGUAUCAAGCAAUGAGAAACCGUACGACGUCAUUGUCAUUGGUGCGGGAUACUGCGGGUUAACAGCUGCCCGCAAUGCAUCAUUGGAAGGGCUACAAGUGCUGUUACUCGAAGGCAGAGACCGCAUCGGAGGCCGGUCGUGGUCCUCCAACAUUCAAGGUUACCCCUUCGAAAUGGGCGGUACUUGGGUUCAUUGGGGCCAAUCAAAUACUUGGAGAGAGAUCAUGAGAUACGAGCUGCAUGAUCAGGUUGAAAAGAGCUUCAACUUUGAGAAGGGGGUAAAGCACUUCGAGUUGAACACACCCAAUGGUGUAACUACGAUGAGCCACGAGCAAGAGGAUGAACUUUUGGCGUCAGCCUUGAAUAAAUUUACGAAUAUCGAUGGGGUUUAUGGAAGAAACACCAUACCACUGCCCCACGACACAUUUCGGACCCUAGGUUCGGCGGACCUUGACAACAUUUCCGCCAAGGACCGACUCAACGAUAUCGCAUCAAUUUUGUCACCUCAAGAGCGAGCAGUAUUGGAGGCCUCUAUUCUAUUGGCAAGUGGUGGCACCCUCGAGACUACUAGUUUCCAUGAAUUCAUGCACUGGUGGGCUAUGUGCGGGUAUACAUACCAGGGCUGGCUGGACAUGCUCAUCACAUGGAAGUUCAAGCGAGGUCAAUCGAGUUUUGCUAUUCGCUUCUUCCAAGAGGCAUUGGAAUCGAAGCGUCUCAAAUAUGCGUUCAAUUCACCUGUUAGCCAUGUCAGGGACAACGGCAAACAGGUCGAAGUCACGACGAGGGAUGCACGAAAAUUCCAAGCUGCGAAGGUGAUCUCGGCCAUGCCUCUCAAUGUGCUCGAUCGCGUAACCUUCGAUCCUCCCUUAUCUUCUGGCAAACAAUCUGCACUUAAAAUAAAGCACGUCAAUCAGACUGUUAAAGUCCACGCUGAGCUCUCGAACAAGGACCUUCGCUCAUGGACCGGGAUUACAUACCCCCACAACGAGCUGAAUUAUGCAAUUGGCGAUGGAACCACGCCUGCAGGUAACACACAUAUCGUUUGCUUCGGCGGUCAGCAAAACCACAUUGACCCCGAAGUCGACAUCUCGAGGACCAAACGCGCGGUGCAAUCUCUCUUUUCGGCGGAGAACUACUCCAACAGUCACCCGGCCCCUGCAGUUGAGCGACUCGUCUUCCAUAACUGGUCGAAGGAUGAGUUUGCAGGAGGCGCAUGGUUCUUUUCUCCCCCAGGCCUCCUAUCAAAUCACCUGAAUGACAUGAGAGCAACGCAUGGCAACGUCGUGUUUGCGAACAGCGACUGGGCCUUGGGUUGGCGAAGUUUCAUCGAUGGGGCUAUCGAAGAAGGUGAAAGGGCCGCAUUGAUCGUCCGGAGGGACUUGUUGGGCGCAAAGUUUGAUGCACCGAGGCUGUAA